AUGGCUUCAGCAGGGUUAUGGCCGUUGGAACAGUUGGAAAGUUUGCAAAAAAAAGGCCUCGAAGAGAUUCUCGCUGAAGUCCACCAGUGUCAAUCACCAAGUGAUGAUUUCGCGAGUGCAACUUCUCCAGGUGGAAAAGACCUGAAAUUGCUGCUGUAUCAUCUCUGUAUCCUGGCCGUGCAGCAAAAAAUCAACCAAGAAACAAUUAUUAGUUACUUUAAGGAGAUACAGAAAAUUCGUCCCGAUUUGAAAACCAAGUUAGCUGAUGUGCUGUUCUUACUUGAUCUGGAAACGGAUGAUAGGGAAAUUAAUAAAGAGAGUAAUAAAGAUUCCAAUAGCGUAGAAGAGCUACAAUCUUCUCGCCAACAAUUCAUAAUAUUUGCACGUUCAUGUGUGGAUAUUAUUGGGGAAGCGGUAUUAAAGCAAAGAUUGGAAUUUGAAACAUUAGAGUCGUUAGGUUUAAUUACCUCUAGUAAAGCUUUUACUCAAAAAUACGUCAAAAUCAAGACGAAACUAUUUUAUAAACAACAAAAAUUUAAUUUAUUACGCGAAGAGAGUGAAGGCUAUGCAAAAUUAAUCGUAGAAUUGAAUAAGGAUAUUAAUGAAGCUAGCGAUGCCCAAAAAGUGUUAGGAGUAAUCAAUUCUUUGAUAGCGGAAUUCGAUUUAGAUCCCAAUCGCGUGAUUGAUUUUAUAUUGAAUGCUUUCGAAUUUCGACCACAACAGCCAAAGUUUUUUGUACAAUUGAUUAAAUCGUAUAACUGUGAAUCGUCUACUUUAUGUAGCACCCUUGGAUUUAAGUUCAAUUGCUUAAAGAAGGACUCUGGGUCAAUUUCUAAGAAUCUCUAUUUCAUAGCUGCAAUUUUGAUUCAAGAAGGACUGAUUGCUGUAGAAGACCUAUAUCCACAUCUUGCGCCCGCUAAUGACGAAUUCGAAAAGGAUUAUAAACAAAUGCUUGUCCAGGCGCGAAGUAACGCAAAGAAAGUUAAUGUUGUGAAUCCUAGUGAUAAAGGCACAAGUAUUGAACCCGAGAUGACUAAAGAUAUCGAAGAGACUUUAAAAAAUCAGAAGAUUGGACUUUGUUUUGCCUUGCUGUCGCUAUAUGAUUGGUCGCAUUCUCGGUUUAUCUUUAAUCAGCUGCCUAUGUACUCUGUAGCAUCACAUCAGUUAAUUGCGGUUGCACUAUGCAAAAUUUUACAUACCACUAUAGACCCUAUUUACAAGAAGUUUGCGCCAAAGGCUGCUAACAGUCAGCUUUAUUCACAAAUAAAGAAGAAUGGUGGCCCAGCUCGAUGUGACAGUUUUACUGACUUAAUGAAUGAUGUCCUUCCUAUAUGCUGUCACCUAGGGCCUUAUAUCUAUGUCGACCAGAUAUUAAUUAUCAAACUAAUUCGAAUUGGCAAAGGCUAUUUACUGGAGUUUGCGUCAUCGAACAAUCAGAAGGAUGCUCUGUGGGGUAUGAUGCUAGACCUGCUCAAUGAUUGUUUAAUUCCAUCUUUGUCUUUAACCGAGUGCAAUGCCAGCUUGGGUGAAGAGUUAUGGGAUAUGAUCAAGAUUUAUCCGUAUACCACUAGGUACCACCUUUAUUAUCAUUGGAAGGCCAUAAGCUAUAAUAAUCAUAAAGAUUUGCUUAAAGCUAAAACAAAAACGUUGGAUAGUGCACGUUAUAUUAUGAAGCGAAUAACCAAAGAAAAUGUUAAACCAUCCGGCAGGCAACUCGGAAAACUAAGUCAUAGUAAUCCAGGAAUUUUAUUCGAUUACGCUCUGUCUAGCGCUAGUAAACAGCGAUCAAAGCACGAAGAGUCUACUACAUCAGAGUGGUUGCAAAGUUUAGCUACUUUUUGUGGGUUGGCAUUCAAAAAGUAUACUCCUGAAGUUACUGGAUUAUUACAAUACAUUACCAAUCAGUUGAAAAAUGAAAAAAGUUAUGAUUUACCAGUAUUGCAAGAAAUGAUUACGAAAAUGUCGGGUAUAGAAAUAUCCGUAGAAAUAACGCAAGAUCAAUUAGAGGCUCAAUUCGGGGGUGAUACUUUAGUUGCGGAAGGUAGCUUCUUUACCAAUAUUCGAAACGUCAAGAAAUCAUCCCAGCGUCUUCGCGAUGCACUUCUUACUGAAAAUUUAGCUGUACCACUUUGCUUGCUGUUGGGACAGCAAAGAGAGAAAAUUAUAUUCGAUAGUAGUAAUGAUAUUCACAUCAAGCUUAUUGGGAAGUUAUAUGAUCAGUUGAAGUACGAAAAGCUCAAUGAAAAGGGCAAUGACAAAGAGCGGAACGUUGAAGCGUAUAUAAAAGCAAGUGAGUCUUACAUGGGAGAACUAAUCGAAAGUGCUAAUAGUAUGUUGCCUGCAUCAACUUGGAAUGACAUUAGCAUUCAGCUAUAUGUUACCUUCUGGUCAUUGUCUAUGUAUGACAUAUAUACACCUACUGCGCGUUAUGAAUCAGAGAUUAAUAAACUCACUCUGGCUAUUAAUUCGAUCGAUGUGGAAAAUAUUGCUCCUAGUAAACGAAAGAAAGAAAAAGAAAGACUGACGAAUUUAAUGGAGAAGCUCAGAACAGAAGAAAAGAAGCAAAAAGAGCACACCGAACGUGUAAAAGUGCGUCUAAGCCGUGAAAAGGAUACGUGGUUUCCGUUGAGAACAUCAAAGAAAGAUUUGCGCGUUCUUUGCUUCCUACAAACAUGCAUAUUCCCACGUGGAUGCUUUUCUGAAGCUGAUGCUGUUUAUUGUGCAAAAUUUAUUUUUCUCGUCCACAGUCUUAAAUCUCCGAAUUUUUCUACGCUACUGUUAUUUGAUAAACUAUUUUCAGAUAUCUCUUAUAUCGUAUCAUGCUUAACAGAAAAUGAAGCGCAUCAUUAUGGCCGCUUUCUGUGUUGUAUGCUAGAAACGAUUGAUAAAUGGCAUCGAAGUAAAGAAAAAUAUGAUAAGGAAUGCAGUAAUUACCCUGGAUUUGCUACAAUUAUUCGUAAAAAUGAAACUAGUCAAUCGGAUACAAAUAAAUCGAAUCAGCUAGAAUUCGAAGACUAUCGACGUGUCUGUCGCAAAUGGCAUUACAAACUCACUCGGGCAUUUGCGUCAUGUUUAGUUUCGGAAGAGUAUAUUCAAAUAAGAAAUGCUCUAAUAAUUAUGACAAAGAUUGUGCAGUACUUUCCUGUUAUCGAUAAUCUUGGUAAAGCAUUGAAAACUCGGCUAGACAAGCUUCAGAAGGAUGAGAAAGAUAAGAGGCCCGAUCUAUACGCUCUCGCUACUGGUUAUGCUGGAAGAUUUUUAAGUAAGGUGUCACAAUUGAUUCCGGAGGAAAAAUUCUAUGUCAAGGAGGUGACUGUAAAGUCCCAAAGUAGUAAGUCAGCUUCAUCAAGUAGCAGCAGCAUUGAGAUAGCGAAACCUAAGGCGUCUAAUAAGCCAUCGGAGCAUCCUACUAGUGCGGAUUCGAAUGUCAAUUCUACUAGCAACAACGAUCAAACGUUAGUCAAAGCUGUUGCGACGGGAUCUAAGAAGUUAAAGAAAGAAGCGACUAAUCCCGACUUAGCAAGCAAUAAGAAAGAGGCCUCUGUCUCAAAAAAUUCAUCAAGUACAUCAUCGCAAGAUAGCAAAAAAUCAAAGGAGCAUGUUAAACAAUCUGAUGGUCGAAAGUCUAAACAAUCUUCGCCAUUAACAGAAGAAGUAAGUAAGAGACGUAAAGUACAAGAAGAGCCUAGUCCUGUGGAAGUUAUUAAAAGAGAAAAGCACGAGAAAGGAAAAGAAAAGGAAAAAGAUAAGAGCAGAGUGGAAAGGAAACGGGAACGACCACCGGAUACGGAGAUUGUCAUUCAGAAAGAAUCCAAGAGGCACCGUGAUGAAGAAGCUACAGAUAAAGUAUCUGGUACACCGAGUACGUCAUCGAAAAGCCUCAGAAGUAAUGUCGAAACCACAAAAGUGCACAAAGAAAAAAGUAAAGGCGUAAAAAGUAGCCAUAAAACUGAUACAGCUAAAGCCAACAUAAGAGGGUCACGGUCAAGCUCGCCGGCUAGUAACAGUAGCUCUAAAAGGAAAGAAAAAGAUAGCUAUGAACGCGGACGAUCACCUAGUCAUAAUGUAUUCUGUUUUCUCGCUGCCGACUCGAUAACUGGAUAUUAUGAGAUUUUCCGAUUUCGACAGAUAGACAGACAGAUGUCAUCGAUCGCGGGCAGUACACUUAAUCCACUAAUCCAGUACAAAAGCAAAUACAGUACAGUACACCAACAAGAAAUGGACGAAUCGGAAAGGCAACGAGAUAUUUGUAAUUCUUAUAUGUCGACGUUAACUGAGUUAACGAAUAAUUCCAAACCCGUGAUUAAUGUGUUAACGAUCUUGGCGGAUGAAAAUAAGGAAUUUGCUACUCAUAUUGUACGAAUUUUGGAAGGAAGAUUGCGAGAAGUCAACAUCGAGAUGAAACUUCCUGUACUUUAUUUGAUCGAUUCUAUUGUAAAAAAUAUUGGUGGACAGUAUCGCGAACUUUUCACUCAAAAUUUAGUAUCCAAUUUUUUCCAUGUCUUCAACCAGGCUAAUGAUAAAGUUAAGCAUAGCUUAUGCAAAUUAAGAAAUACUUGGGAAGGCGUAUUCCCACCUAAGAAAUUAAAAGCUUUAGACAAUAAAAUGCGUGAACCUGAUCGCAAAUCGCCUUCUCCACCUAAAAAUAUUCACGUUAAUCCGCGAUUUAUAGAGUACCGCCAUCCUGCUCCUCGGUCGGAAUUUAGACCUAGACCUUACAAUGAUUUUCGAAUGGAUCGUCCCAUGUAUGAUGCGGAAGAUGGGCAUAGACACCCUCGAGAUGUCUACGGACCUCCUCACGAAUUUAUGGGACGGCCACGAGGAUUGAUUGAUGAUUGGAGACCACCGGGUCCUCAACAUCCUGAGAUAUUUCGUCCACCCCGUCCAGUUAUGGACUGGCCUGAGCAAAGACCUCGCUUUAACUCUGGUCCUCCACGCCCCUACAAGGCUCCUCGUAAACGUAAAGAGGAAGACCCUAGGAUUGAUCCUCACAGUAGAGAAAAACGUGGCAGGCAUCGUGCUACAGUAUCAACGGAAAUACCCAAGGUUGUAAAGCCAACCGAAUCCCUAAAGCGCAAUAAAAAUCAACAAAAGAAAUUAGCUCAUAAUACAUCAACUCAACAAUCGAAAGUAGGAACUAUCAAUAAAGACAAGGAUGAAGCCCAAGAUAUCCAGAGCCUUCUGCAAAAUUUAAUAAAAAAUGGAAUAUUACCAAGUGGCGAAAGUCCAAGCCCUAUAUCUAACGUUAUUCCUCAGUUAUCUUUAAAGGAAGAAGAUUUAAAAAAAAAUUACGUAGGCGUAAUAGAAAAAUUAUAUAAGAAAAAGCAGUGUUCUAUGUGUGGAGAUAGAUUUAGUAGCGAUGGUGCUAGGAGUGAUUAUAGCAAUCAUUUAGAUUGGCACUUUCGAUAUAAUAGUCGAAGGAAUGAUUCUAAAAGAAAUCGAUCAAGACCAUGGUAUUUCUUACUAGAAGAUUGGACUACAUGUGAGGAUUUAGACGAUCCUGAUAAGGGAGAAUCUGCCGCUUUGCGCAAUCGAAAUUGGAUUUUUAACGUAGCAUUUAGUAAACUUUUUGAAGAUGCAAAAAUGAAUGAAUCAAGCGAUGAAAAGAUUUUAGAAUCACUUCAGUGUAAUUUAAUACCGAACAGUGAGGAUCAGGUUUGUGCUCUUUGUCACGAAGCAUUUACUGACAAAUUCUGGGAAGAGAACGACGAGGAGUGGCAUUUUAGAAAUGCGAAACUGGUUGAUGGAAAGGCUUAUCAUGCAUCUUGUUACGAUGACGCAAUCGGAAAUCCCUUGCUUGAUGUUGAUAGUAAUAGUAUUACAAAGAAGUUAAAUGAAGAUACUAAUGCGGAUGAUAUUUAUGAUGACAAAACACAAUGUAAAGAAGGAAAUAAAACGGGUUCUUUAGAACAAACUGAGCAAACCUGA